AUGUCAAAUCAGCGUGAGAUAGGUGUUUCUGUCCCUCACACCUACACCCACACAUCACGAAACAUUGUCAUUUGUUUGCCCCACGAGCGUUUGACCCUCACCAUCGAGCUCAAAGAUACCCUGGAAAGACUGGGCUUGGGUAAACCGCUGGUACCCAAAUUAAACCCCGAUCUAGACACCAGUAUCACGAACCACGCUUCAACUCCUUUGAUGUCGACUUCCAGAAAGGGGUCUUCAGAUCCAGUCCAAACUGCUCCGACCACGACAACAGGCCUUGGUGGCUCCUGUGCUGCACCCAUUUGUAUCGAUCUGACCGAAGACACAGACACAGAUGACGACAGCACCCAACAUUCUCAACAACCAUCCACGGUCACAAGCACACAGCCAUCUAGCCCGCCUGCGUUCAGCAACGUCAGCCCUGGCCUUUUUGGUGAUGAGGUAAGUAACCAGUUUGCAGUCUCAUUUCGUAAUUGGGCAGCGAUAUCUAAUGAUGGGCCUGGCCCCCCGUUGCAGCUCGACGUGAAGCCAGACAUUCACCGUCAACCGGCAUUGCCUACGACUUUACUUCACCCUCCAGCUGCAUUGCCUACGAAUUUACAAGAGUGGCCCGGGAAUGAUGUCCUCAUCUCAUCAUUACUGGCUUGGUAUCGAAGUGCUGGCGUUCCCCCAAUUCGGAGAGCUCGAAUCCAAAAAUGGAAGAAGCGUUAUGGAACCCAUUAUGUGUUCAAACAAAAAACCGUAUAUCGGUACGCUGCAUGGGUGGAUUUAGUAGGUUAUGAAAGGAUGAACCUCUUUGUUCAAACCUGGCCGGGUGAUGGUACAAACACCAAGGAAACCCUCACCGUGGCGGUAACCCGACCUCAUUUCCAGUUGGAAUACAAUAUUGUUUGCGGUUUUGGUGAUAAGCCCGAGGCAAUUGAAGACGAAGACGAUUCUCAACCAAGCGAUGACAAUGACGAUCUUCCACCAAACCCCAUCUAA